AUGGACAUUAAUAUUGAAGAUAUAUUAGCUGAUCUUGAUCGUGAUACUACAGCAAUUGACAGUGGAUCAGCAUAUCUGAGUUCUGAACAUGAUACUACGAGGUUUAGCGAAUCGAAUGGUGAUCACAAAGAUGUUGAUCGACAAGUUGAGGUUCAAAAAACAUCAUCACAUAAAACAAUUAGCGCUGCUGCCGAUUACGAAUGCCUGGUUACUCACUGGAGAAACGAAAGGGUGGCACCGGAAUUGCUAGCCUUUCCCCAUUUGUUAAUGGAUCGUAUUUUGCAUAGAUUAAACAACCAGAUAGAACAUUUAGAAAAUUUAUCAAUGGGGUUUCUAGAACAUAACUUUGAUAAAGAGUCAAAGUUACCACUUUUAUGCAUGGAGGCAGAAGUUGAAAGGCUCAAAUUUGUUGUCAGGAGCUAUGUUCGCUGCAGGCUACAUAAAAUUGACAAAUUUAGCUUAUAUUUAAGGCAGAUUAAUCAAGAUAGGAGCAACUUAGAGUCACUAAAUGAUUUGCUGUCGCGGCAAGAAAUGAUAUAUCACGAAAGACAUUCUGAAAUACUGCUGAAACUUUUCAACAAUUCCAUUCUAAAACAUAUGCCACAGGAGCUGCAAGCAAUAGACGAUACCGAAGGCUCCGUCAACAUGAUUGAUGCACCAAAUUGGGGCAAGUUUGUGUUUCUCUUCGUACGCGGAUCACCGGAAGGUAGCUCAGAUCCGUUACAAGAAACUAAUGAGGAUGGCCAAGCAUGUUAUCUGGUUACUAUUCCAGAAUUAAAUGAAGAAGUCGAAUUGACAAUUGGGGGGAUAUACGUUAUGCGAUACCACAUUAUCAAACAUCUAUUACGUGAAGAUAAAGUAGUUCUAAUAUGA